AUGACCAACUUCAUAUUCUGCGGUUCGGACGCGGACUUCUGCAUUGACGGCGACAUGCACAAUCUUUGGGCGCUGGGAGUCGCACGGAUUGAUGCAGUGCGUGCCGUGAAGGAUGAGGAAACAGCGUAUCCUUAUCGAGACAUCACAGCGCAUGUGAUACUCACAUUCGCCUACGAUGAUGCCUCCUUGUCACAGCCGGUGAAUGACCUAGCCAGUCGUUGGAUCUCGAGAUAUAAUGCGACAAGCGGAUUUGAUCGGUUGCAGGUGUAUGUGAGCUAUGCUCAUGGCACGGAGGGCCUGGAUGCGUGGUAUGGGGCUGAGAAGCUGCCAAGGUUGUUGGAGUUGAAGAAGUGGUAUCCCAAGGGGCUGUUUGUUUAUAACAAUGGAUUGCCGGUGGGGAAUUGA